GUGUGAAAUCAAUACGAAAUCAACAAAAAGUGAUCGAUUUUGCAACAGACGCAGCCCAGAACGCGCCAGAACGUGCAUUACUCAUUGUCCGCCAGCCAACGCGCGUGUUUCCUCAGCUGCCAGCCGACAGCCAGCCACAAAGCAUCGCACUUUUGUUGUGGAAAAUUUUGCAUUCGUCGCCAGCCGCCGCCGCUGCCGUCGAACGAAAGAAAAAAAUUUUUUGCGCGUCGUCUGUUCCCUGUCUGCCUGUGUGCGUGUGUUUGUGGUUGCUUGUGUGUGUGUGUGUGUAUAUUCGUGUAUUACGGCCUACAUUGUCAAUUAACAAGCGAGAAACCAUUGUGAUCACCCUUUUCCUACGCGCCGCCAGCACUUCUACAGUCUACAGCCGCCAGCAUGUCCACUCCACGACCUGAGGAGCACCAGAAGUUCUCCGCCGCCGCCGCCCUCUGCCCGCUCAGUAACUGCCAGUUUAGUGGCGUUGUAAUUAGCGCCAUCGCUGACGAGCAGAAGCUCGAGUUCACUAACAAAUACAAGGGCAGCUGCACGCUGCUCUGCAGCUACGACUCCCAGGGGAUAGUGCUGCGGAUAGUGUUGGACGCUGACCGGGAGCAUGUGCUCAAGGAGUACAUGAUAGCGGCGGACACGGACGCGGCCCAGAUGGGCCGGAGGAGUUAUGCAGUCACCCUGGAGUCGGAUAACCUGGUGCUGAGGUUUGCCAGCGACCAGGACCAGCAGCUCUUCCGCAAGGUGGUGGAGAAUGUGAAACAUCUGCGGCCCAAGUCUGUGUUUUCGCAGCGCACCGAGGAGUCUUCCGCAUCGCAGUAUUUCCAGUUCUACGGCUAUCUGAGCCAGCAGCAGAACAUGAUGCAGGACUAUGUGAGGACGAGCACGUACCAAAGGGCCAUUCUGGGAAAUGCAGUCGACUUCCAAGAUAAAAUCGUACUGGAUGUAGGGGCUGGCUCUGGUAUUCUGUCAUUCUUUGCCGUGCAGGCUGGUGCGGCCAAGGUGUAUGCCAUUGAGGCUUCCAACAUGGCCCAGUAUGCCCAGCAAUUGGUCGAAUCGAACAACGUGCAGCACAAGAUCUCUGUGAUACCCGGCAAGAUCGAGGAGAUCGAAUUGCCCGAGAAAGUGGAUGUCAUCAUAUCGGAGCCCAUGGGCUAUAUGCUCUACAACGAACGCAUGCUGGAGACCUACCUGCAUGCGAGGAAGUGGCUCAAGCCCAAUGGCAAAAUGUAUCCCACACACGGGGACCUACACAUUGCGCCCUUCUCUGACGAGUCGCUCUACUCGGAACAGUACAACAAGGCCAACUUCUGGUACCAGUCGGCCUUCCAUGGCGUCGACCUCACCACCCUGCACAAGGAGGGCAUGAAGGAGUACUUCCGCCAGCCGAUUGUGGACACCUUCGACAUACGGAUCUGCAUGGCAAAGUCCGUGAGGCAUGUGUGCGAUUUCCUCAACGACAAGGAGGACGAUCUGCAUCUCAUUGAUAUCCCCUUGGAAUUCCAAAUACUCCAAACUGGCAUCUGCCAUGGGUUGGCGUUCUGGUUCGACGUUGAGUUCAGUGGCAGCAGCCAGAACGUCUGGCUCUCCACCUCACCCACGGCUCCAUUGACGCACUGGUACCAGGUGCGCUGCCUGCUGCCCAUGCCCAUCUUCAUCAAACAGGGCCAGACGCUGACCGGACGGGUGCUGCUGGAGGCCAAUCGGCGGCAGUCGUACGAUGUCACCAUCGAUCUGCAUAUCGAGGGCACGUUGAUAUCAUCGAGCAACACUUUGGAUCUUAAGAAUCCGUAUUUUCGGUACACGGGGGCGCCGGUCCAGGCGCCGCCGGGGACUAGUACCCAGAGCCCGUCGGAACAAUACUGGACGCAGGUCGACACGCAGGGCUCCCGCAAUUCUUCUAGCAUGCUAAAUGGCGGUCUUGGUGUCAAUGGCAUCGGUGAUGGGAGCAUGGACAUUACCCACGGACUCAUGCAUCCGCACUAGUUCGACCGUUCGAAAAUUGCAACAUGCUGGGGAUGCUCCUUGCUAUAAGUCCUUUCUAUUAUUUAACCGAUUGCUACCGAGAUCCUACUGUUUCUGUCAGGUUUUUUUGUUUUGUUAUAAUUCUUUUAUGGUUAGGUUUAUUUAUUGAAGAAAAGUGUAAAUUAUAUUUGUAUACUCUUGAAAUUUUAGCACCCUUUCCAUCGUAUGCCUAUCCCUCCUUGCUCCUUCCAGUACUAUAUCUUAUUUUAUGCGCCUGCAAACUGUUUUGGAUUUUUGUUCUUCCAAGUACUUUAAAAACGAUCGGAUGAAUCGAAAAGAGGAAGCCCAGCGAACGGCAAACACAACAAACAAACAAUCAAGAAACCAAGGCAGACUAAAAGUAGUUGUUUAGAACACGCAGCAUAUUCAAUAAACAUAAGCUAAUUUUAGCCGAUAGUAUUUAGUGUUUUUAACCGUAUGUAAAAUGUAAUAACGAUAUUUAACCAGCGUGUGCAGAUGAUUGCAGAUGAUAAUUCAUGAUUCAGGAUUCUUAGUUAAUGCCAAUUUCCGAUUGCAGUAAUCGCAGUCUUUUUGUUUUGCCGAGAAAGCUUUGAACAAACCAUAAAACAUAUUCAGAUUGUAUUUGUAUCUAUUGUGUGUUAUAUUAGAUUAUAUUAUGUAUUGUAUUGUGCGUACCUCCAAGCUAGUUUCAAUUCUGUGUUUUUGUAAAAGCGAUCGAUUAUAUUUUAGUUUUGUGAAAUUAUAAGAAAUUGCUCAUAGGAUUUAGUGGAUAAGGCAAGGCAAGCCAACAGCACUUUUAUUUAUAACUGAAUUCGCGCCUAGAGAUUAUACAUGUAUGAUUAUGAUUAUGAUUAUGCUUAUAAAUAUGAAUGAAUUCGAUUGUGUGAUUCCAUUCGAUUCGAUUCUAUACCUAAAUA